AUGACGACCGACCCACCAACUGGUUGCCUCUCCGACCAGCCUGGCGAAGCCUUCGAGAUCGUGCACCACGUGAUCUCGCGUAUGCCGUCGUCGCAGUGGCCGACCGACCCCAAAGUCUCGGUGAAGCGCCAGGACUAA